UUUAGUGGACUUGAUUAUGCGCUCGGUUAGCAGAUGGAUCCAGAAAGUCCUCCAAAGUCCGGUUCUGUGGACAGAGCUGAGCUGGACCGACACUGUCAACCACCGGACGUUGACUUAAAGACGGAACUGGAGCCGAGAAACGAAGGUUUACCUCUGGGUGUCCAAAAAGUGGUCAUUGGUGAAAAAGAGGAGCAGGAGUGGAGCUCCAGUGUGGACCGGGAGGACCCAGACAUUAAAGACGAACAGGAGGAGGUUGUCAUCGCCCAGCUCACUUCCAGCCCUGCCCCUGUGAAGAGUGAGGAGGGUGAAGAGAAACCUGAAUCCUCACAGCUUUAUCACAGACGGACUGAGGAGGUCAGUGACUCUGUGGGAAGACCAGAGCCUGAUCCAGAUCUACAGCCUGACAGGAAAACUUCAGGCUCUUCAGACACAGACGUCAGUGAUUCUGAUGAGUGUGAGCAGAGCCGUGAACCUGCAGCGCCUCGGGCAUCAGGUGAUGCUGAUGAGAAACCAUUCAGCUGCUCUGUCUGUGGGAGAAACUUUGGUCACAGCAGAAAUCUGAGCAGACACCUGAGAACCCACACAGGAGAGAAACCUGUCAGCUGCUCUCAGUGUGGAAAAAGAUUUGUGGACAGUGGAAACCUGCAGAGACACAUGGGGAUUCACACGGAAAAGAAACCGUUCAGCUGCUCUGAGUGUGGACAAAGCUUUAAAGACAAGACAACGCUAAUAAACCACCGGAGGACUCACACGGGGGAGAAACCAUUCAGCUGCAAGUUCUGCAGUAAAACAUUCACACACAGCGGGAAUCUGAAACAACACCUGUGCAUCCACACGGGAGAAAAACCCUACAGCUGCUCCAGGUGCAGCAAAACAUUCGGCCGCAACGCCGACCUCAAUUCUCACAUGUUGAUCCACACGGGACAAAAAGCUUUUAGCUGCUCCGAGUGUGGGAGAAGAUUUACUCACAGCCGGAGUCUCAAACAGCAUCUGAAGAGUCACGCUGAAGAGAAAGCCUUCAGCUCCUCGCUGUGUGGGAAAAGAUUUUAUAACGUCACACAUGUGAAAAAGCACAUGACGACUCACGUGAGAAAGUCAUUUAUCACAGGAAAGAACAUCAGCUGCUCCGCAGACUGAUGAAGCUCCGAAUCAACCAGGAGCUAAAC